AUGAUUCAUGUUUUGGAACCAAGAUACAAACUUCCUAGCCGCACACAUUUCAGUGAAAAAGUCAUUCCCUCACUGUGGAAAAAAGUUGAAGAUAGGGUAAGGAAGCGGCUUCAAACUGCAGACUCCAUUGCCAUAACCACUGACUCAUGGACAUCUCGAGCCACAGAAAAUUAUGUAGCUGUAACUGCCCAUUUUAUUAAUAGCAACUGGCAGGUUGAAAAUUACACUCUUGAAACAAAAUUAUUUAGUGAUUCUCAUACAGCUCAAAAUUUGGCAAGUGGUCUACAUGACACAGUAACAUCCUGGCAACUUGAACGCAAUGGCAAAGGUCCUGCUAUAUCUACUGACAACGCAAGUAAUAUUGUUCGUGCUGUUAAGGACUCGGGUUUGAGUCCACAUGUUGGGUGUUUUGCCCACACGUUGAAUCUAGCAACACAACGUGGACUGAAAGUUUCACAAGUUGACAGACUUUUGGGUAGGGUGAGGCGUGUGGUAACAUUCUUUCAUAAAAGCACUUCUGCUACUAGUAUUUUGAAGGUAAUGCAGGAGAAACUUGAUCUCCCUAAUCACAAACUACUAAUGGAUGUUCCAACCAGCCAGAAACAUCCUACUGUGUCACUGAUACACCCCCUAAAGGAAAUGCUGUUACGACAACUUGAGGUCUUGCCUUCUGACAACAUGUUGGUAUCAGACAUAAAAUCAGCAAUCAGCAAUGAUCUCAAGCAAAGGUAUACUGAUGAAAACAUUUUGGGGUUCCUUUUACAAGCUUCUGCCCUGGAUCCACGGUUUAAGAGUCUACCUUACUUGGAUGAUAGAUCUAGGUGUGCAGUAUAUGAUAAUAUACAAUCAGCAGCAGAAUUACUACAGAGUGACUCAAGCUGUCAGAAUGUGACUGUUAAAAGUGAACCUGAUGAGACACCCACAUCUAGCCAGGCUAGUGAGGCUACUACCAUUGAUGUACCAGUACUCCCUUCAUUAUCCACACUGGGGGAAGGAGAACCACCACUUAAAGUAAAGAAAGAAAACUGA